AUGUCCUCCCCAAACCCCUCCAUAUUCCCCGCAUCUCUCCUCUCAAGCGACGCAGCGGCAGCUCUCCCCACUGGCUUCACAAUCCGCCCCCUAGAAAAAGCAGAUUACGCAAAGGGCUUCCUAGAAUGUCUCCGUGAUUUGACUUGGAUGGACAAUGUCACGGAAGAGGACUUCAACGAGCGAUACGAUGACAUGGACACCGGCGGCAAAGGCCCGUAUUACUAUCUCGUCAUUGAGCACGAGGGCAAAAUCGUGGGCACCGGCGCCGUGAUUGUCGAGAAGAAGUUUAUACAAAAUCGCACCACGGUCGGCCACAUUGAAGAGAUUUGCAUCUCCAAGGAGCACCAGGGCAAACGGCUGGGCUUCCACAUGCUCGCCGCUCUCAAUUCCGUGGCCAAGAAUGUGGGGUGCCGGAAGACGAUUCUGAACUGCAGCGAGCACAAUAUUCCCUUUUACCAAAAGUGCGGCUUCAAGGUCUGCGGCACGGAGAUGGAGACGGUCUUUCAGUGA